AUGUCGAACUCUAUGAGAGAGCUCGGCGGUCUUGUCGACAACCUCUACAUCAGCUCCCAGCAGCAGCAAAAGCACCCUCAAGACCUCCCCGGAAUGAUGGGGGGCUCGAGAAAACAGCAGGAUGCCACCUCCACGCCAACGCGCGCCCGCAAGACCAAGUCCACCGUUCGAGGGGACGGCGCCGGCAGAGGCACUCCGUCGCGCGAGGACUCCGAAAACACGCCUGUGCAGCACGGCCACACGGCGGAGAAGGGCGCGGUGGCCGCGGCCCAGCAGGUCUCCCGAACCAAGCAGCGAGCAGCGACACGCCUGUCCGCGGAGAAGAAGCGCUUCAACACGACGCUGUCCAAGCCUAGCGGAGGGUCUAGCCUCACGGGGAAGCGGUGGAACCUGUCGUGCUUCACCAUGGGGAAGCCCAUCGGGAAGGGGAGGUUCGGAAAUGUGUACCUCGCGCGGGAAAAGGCUUCGAUGAAGGUCCUGGCCCUCAAGAUCAUGCUCAAGAAGGACUUAGAGGCGGCUGGCGUGUACCACCAGGUCAAGUCCGAGAUCGACAUCCACGUGAACUACGGGUCGGGCUGCCCGAACAUCGUCCGCUGCUACGGCUACUUCUACGACGAAAAGAGGAUCUUCAUCGUGAUGGAGUACGCGAGGAAGGGAGAGUUAUACCGCACCAUGAAGGCACAGCCGGGGGGGCGGUUCACGGAGUCGGUGUCGGCGCGGUACAUGUUCCAGCUGGUGCGAGCGCUGCAAUACCUGCACGGGCUGAACGUCAUCCACAGGGACAUCAAGCCGGAGAACCUGCUGCUGGACAAGGCUGGAAACCUUCGGCUCUGCGAUUUCGGCUGGUCGAUCGAGGUUGCUGAUUACGACACUCGUCAAACUAUCUGCGGGACCCAGGACUAUCUCGCCCCCGAGAUGCUGAUGGAGCGGCCGUACACGACCUCUGUCGACCUGUGGGCGGCAGGCGUAGUGACGUAUGAGUUCCUGUUGGGGCACUCCCCUUUCCGCAGCGAGUCUGGCGGUGCUGACACGCUGUCACGGAUCGAGCGAGGGUCCUACGCCUUCCCAAAGGACCCGGUGGUGUCCGCUGAAGCGCAAGACUUCGUUUCCAGGCUGCUGAGAGUCGAGCCCUCGGAGCGCAUGACCCUAGAUGAGGCGGUACGGCACCCGUGGCUAAGGGAUGUGGUGGCAGAGGCCACAGCUGCGAAGGCCGCUAGCUCUGCCAAAGCCGCGUCUAGCACCGUUGCGAAGGGCGCAUCAUCCAGCAGCAGAAGCAGCACCGGGUGA